AUGUUGUACAUAAUGAUGUUCAUGAUUGGCAUUCUGGUUUUCAUUCCUCUCUUAUCUGCUAUCCCACUUACCGACCCAUACACCAAAUAUUCCCAACUCAAUCUUCCUCCUGGUGUGAAAGGGGAUUCAGUCUCACUGGAUCCACUUAACCAAGGUCCCUAUGUAGGCGUUAGUGAUGGCAGAAUUCUCAAAUACAAUGGAAUGGAUUUUGUGGAUUACGCUUAUCUUUCUCCAAACAGGUCCAAGCAACUAUGUGAUGGUACAACAGAUAUCAGUUUGAGCACAACAUGUGGAAGGCCAUUAGGGUUCAGUUUUGAUCCUUUAACGGGAUACCUUUAUAUUGUGGGUGCGUAUGGUGGCUUUUACAGAGUAAGCCCUCAAGGUGGACUUGCUACGAAACUUGCUACUGAUGUAAAUGGUGUCGCAUUUCACUUUCUCGAAGGCAUUGACUUUGAUCCAAUCAGAAGAGUUGUUUAUUUCACUGAUACCAGCUUGGUGUACAGCUUUUCGGAUGUUCUUCUAGGAAACCCUCCCAAUCUAGAAGAUUCAACAGGAAGACUGAUUGAAUAUAAUACUGUAACGGGAAAACUGAGAGUAUUAGUAAACGAACUUCCUCUUCCAUCAGGCCCCGCAGCAAGUGGAGAUGGUACAUUUGUGUUGUAUGGUUCUGUCAGUACUUCAAAGAUUUUCAAGUACACUCUUCCAACACUAAUAGGGCCAUUGGCGAGGAAACCCCAAGUUCUGUUGAAUUUAAUAGGUUAUCCUCUGAAGAUAAAGAGAGCCGCCGAAUUGGGGUCUUUUUGGGUGCCAGUAAACGUGUUCCUUCAGCUACGACCUCCUCUGGUUCAUUCAUUUGGUUAUAAGUUCAAUUCAAAUGGCGAAGUGAUUUUGAUAAAGGAUUUUGCUGCGGAGUAUUCCGAUCAAGUGAAUGUUGUGCAAGAGUAUGAUAGUUUCCUUGGACUUGGUGGAAAAACAUUGUUCAUUGGCUCGAUUAUCUACUCUUACGUUGGCAUCUAUGGAACGAAGUGA